AUGUUACUAUUUUCUAUCAUUCAACGUUGUUUUAUUCGCACCAUAUUACGUAAAUUAUCGUACGAUAAUCCUGAUUUGUAUCACAAUGCUGAAAUCUUCAAAGUUAUAACUUCAUUAGCUUUAAAAUACGAUAUUCCAGGUAUUGAAGCGUUAAUUAUUCAAACUAUUGGCCAAGAGCAACUGAGUGAUGUGAUUGCUCAUAAAAAUCCUAAUCCAUAUCAUCUAAUGGGAUAUGCAACUUAUGGUACUCGUCGAGCGGAUAUAAAUUCUUCCCUGUUAAGAAACAUCUCAAUUUAUGACGCUUUUCAUAUUGGAUCAUGUGCCAAAUCUAUGGCAGCUAUAUUAAUUGCUAAUGCUAUAGAAUCAAAUCUAUUUCAUAUACAGUAUAAUACUACGCUACGUCAAAUUUUCAGCUAUUUGACAUGGAGUAAAGAUAACACUUCUACCAACGGCCUGGGUCUCAAACUUGAUUACUUGUCUUCAUCUGAAUAUUUACUGAAAGAAUCAUUUACGGUAGAUAGUUCUUGGAAUAAUGUGACGUUGGCACAUUUAUUAACUCAUACGUCGGGUAUUCAAGACGAGUCUACUAAGGAAACAUUGUGGAGUGAAAUAGUGAAUAUUGAAGCCAAAAAUGAGGUGGACAAUAAUAAUUAUUUAUUUCCUUCAAGACGGUACACUUUUGGUGAACUGCUCAAAACUCCUUUAGCCAAACCACCAAGUUCAGUCAAUUCUCCUUCUGGAUAUAUGUAUUCUAAUUUUGGUUAUAUGAUCAUCGGUCUUGUACUGGAAGAAUUAUACUCUGCUCCGUAUGAAACCAUUAUAAAACGUUUGCUCUUUGAUAAAUUACACAUGAACUCGAAUAGCACGGGAUUUGGUGCUCCACAGAGUGAUGAGAAUAAAUUAAAUCCACCUAAGCAGCCCUACGGUCACUAUCGUGUCGACAACCAGUGGGUGUCAACAGGUGAAGAUAAUCCGUCCGCUAUUACUGCCGCCGGAAGAAUUCACUUCUCAGGGUUAGAUUGGACGAAAUACAUAGCAAAUCAUCUUUACAGAGCUCGCGAUAACAAUGCAAAUAAUGAUCCAAUUAUUUCUUCAUCCUCCAUCUAUGAAACUCUUCAAUCUCCAUACAAGUUUGCUAAUGCUUCUCUUGCCUCUACCUAUACGAUUGGAGGUUGGCAAAGUGAAAUCCAUUCUGCUUAUCCAGGCGGUUUACUGUUAUGGCAUUCAGGUUCAAAUGGAUAUUUCAUGUCGUACGCCUUUCUUUAUCCCAAGGCUGAUGUUCCUUUUGCCAUUCUCGUUAAUUACAAUGCUGGUAGUAUGGGUGAUGACGCAGACCGAGAAAUUUUAUAUGGAUUGAAUUUAGUCUACAACAAUAGAAAUAAAUCGAAUGAUGGUAAAUGGACAAAUAAUGACAAUAUAAACUAUGUUGGCACUGAGGCACUUACUAGCACCGGUGUUGUUCGUGAAUAA